CGUCUGGUGUCGGCAAGGGCUUGUCGUCGGCUUCCGUAUCCAGGAUGAAGAGCUAUAAAGCAGUCGGCAAAAUCGGAGAGGGGACAUUUUCCGAGGUGACGAAGAUGCAGAGCCUGAGGGACGGCGGCUACUACGCGUGCAAACAGAUGAAGCAGCGCUUCGAAAGUAUUGAGCACGUGAACAACCUGCGGGAGAUACAAGCUCUGAGGCGCCUGAAUCCGCACCCAAACAUUCUUACGUUGCACGAAGUGGUUUUUGACAGAAAAUCUGGCUCUCUUGCGCUCAUAUGUGAACUUAUGGACAUGAAUAUUUAUGAGCUAAUACGAGGGAGAAGACACCCAUUAUCAGAAAAAAAGAUUAUGCACUAUAUGUACCAGUUAUGUAAAUCCCUUGAUCAUAUGCACAGAAAUGGAAUAUUUCACAGAGAUGUAAAGCCAGAAAAUAUAUUAAUAAAGCAGGAUAUCCUGAAGUUGGGGGACUUCGGAUCUUGCCGGAGCGUCUACUCCAAGCAGCCCUACACGGAGUACAUCUCCACCCGCUGGUACCGUGCCCCGGAGUGUCUCCUCACCGACGGCUUCUACACCUACAAAAUGGACCUGUGGAGCGCUGGCUGCGUGUUCUACGAGAUCGCCAGUCUGCGGCCUCUCUUCCCCGGAGCCGAUGAGCUAGACCAGAUCUCAAAAAUCCACGACAUCAUCGGCACGCCGCCUGGGAAGACCCUCGCCAAGUUCACACAGUCGAGAGCUAUGAGUUUUGAUUUUCCUUUUAAAAAGGGAUCAGGAAUACCUCUACUGACAGCCCGUCUGUCCCCGCAAUGCCUCUCCCUCCUGCACGCAAUGGUGGCCUAUGAUCCUGAUGAGAGAAUCACUGCCCACCAGGCCCUGCGGCACCCCUACUUCCAGGAGCAGAGGGCGGCUGAGAAGCAGGCUCUGGCUGGCCACAGAAAAGCUUUCUUUCCAGAGUGCCCUGUGGCUUCAGAACUACUCAGUAACCGCUGGCACGUUGCCAAGGAGGACAGAAAGCAGAAACAGUCCCUAAAGCCAGAGGAGGACCAUCCCAAGAGACCAGGCCCAGCGUACGUCAUGGAACUGCCCAGACUGAAGCUUUCAGGAGUGACCGAACCAUCCUCGUACCCCAGCCCUGCGCUGCACCCCAUGUUCGGCCCGGGGCCCAGCAGGAAAGGGCCGGGGCUGAGGCCCCUCGAGUGUGUUGGCACCCGCCGGAAGACGGAUGCGCACAAGGACACGAAGCCCGACGUAAAGCAGGACCGCCUGCCCUCGAUCCAGAGGAAGGGCGGGGGGCGCUGAGACUCCGGGGCCGGCUCGCCCCUGGGAGCGGAGACUGGGUGUGGCCGGCCUGGCCCGAGGAUCGCCGCAGAGCCCCGGAGGGAGGGCUGCGGGGAGAGGCCUGGCGUGUCCCCCUCGCAGAGCCUGGUGUCCCCGGAGGCACUGCCCCGCCGGCCAGCCGGCACCCCCUCGGCCUGGAGCCCCCAGCCUGCGGCUCCGGGUGUCCUGAGAGCGGCUGUCCUGUGCUCCAGCCAACACAUUCGUAAAACUACCUCAGCCCGGGCUUUCUUCUCAUGUUUCCAACUGAGAAAUUUGGGGCAGAGAAUAUUUUGUAACUUUUUAAAAAAUCUGAAUCAAAACA